AUGAAACAGAAGCAAUCAUUCAUUUACUGUUCAUCACGAUUAUUGCUCACAUGGCUUGUGAUCUCAGCUGCUUCUUGUCUACUUUACGGUUUGAUCAUAUUCGUAUCACUUUUGAACAAAAAUGUUUUACCGUUGGAUGAUGGACCAUUAGUUAUUCCGUAUAUAAAUCUACCAAGCAAGUACGAUGCAUAUCUACAAUUUGACAUGGAAUAUGACAAUUCCAACAUGACUUACUCGGGUAUUAUUUAUAUGACAUUUACGGCUAAACAAGGAGGCGAAAGAGUUUACGUCCAUAAAUCUGAUUCAAUGCAAUUAACCAGUUACGAGCUGACUAUUUAUAACAAGAAGAUUAAUUUAAGACGAGGCAUUUAUAAUAAGCAGACUGAAAUACAGACAUUCAUACCAUCUGUCAACCUAACUUCAGAUGCAGAAUACAUUCUGAAACUUGCUUUUCAAAACAAAAUUGGAUCAAAUGACUUUGGUCCCAGAGAGAAUUCUUACAAGUCUUUGAAUGACAAAAGGUAUGGUAUGAGCUUCAUAACUAAACGGAAUGCUCAAAAAGGCCUUCGAUACCUAUUCCCCGCUUUGGACAGCAAAGAAUAUCCAGCACUAUUCAAUUUAUUCAUUAAGAGGAAGCCAUCAUUAAGAUGUUUCUCUAAUCAUAAAAUAUCAAAAACAGAGCCAAUGCUGCCGUGGAUGGAGGACUCUAUUCCAGCAAGAACAAGGCUCUACCCUCAUCAGCUUGGUUUAGUGUUGACGGAUUUUCCCUCCAAAAAUGAGCUAUUAGAAAAUAUUACAGUUACAGUUUAUUUCCGACCGGAUAUGAUGAAUGGUAUAUCCAUUCGUCGACUAGAGCAGUUCAUGGAUAAAUCAUCCAGGCAGAUAGGAAAAAUAGAUGCAGUGGUGAUUGGUCAGGUUGACACAGUGCAUCAACCAGGAAUAUCGAUAAUGAACGAAGAAGAAACAGUGUUGGAGAACAGAGAGCUCUCUCCUGAGCUUUCUAACACCGUUGAUCGCCUUCCAGUACAAAAACGAUGA